AAAGGAAAAACGGGAGGGGGGCUGGAAAGGCUCCGCAGAAGGAGGCGGGGAGGUGGGGAAACAAGGAGCAAAGGGGGAGGGAAUCUCUCUCGCGCGUUGUGCCUCCGCCUCAUCUCUCCUGCUGGCAGCGAGUCGGGCUCUCCCUCCACACCCUCUCCCAGCUCCUCUCCCCCUUCUCUGCCCACCCUCCCUCCAGAGCGUGUGGACAGGGAGCCGCAGCCCCAACACGGGCGAGGGCGCUGGGGGGAGGCGGUGGCGGUGGGCGUGUGCGUGUGUGUGAAGGGCACCACCUCUCGCUCGGCGUUUGCAGGCGGCAGCGGGCGGCGGGGCUUCUCGCUCCAGCAGCAGCGGCGACAGCGGCAGCGGCUUCCGGAGUCCCGCCGCGAAGAUGCUCAAAGUCACGGUGCCCUCGUGCUCGGCCUCGUCCUGCUCUUCGGUCACCGCCAGUGUGGCCCCGGGGGCCGGGAGCCUCGUCCCGGAUUACUGGAUCGACGGCUCCAACAGGGAUGCUUUGAGCGAUUUCUUCGAGGUGGAGUCGGAGCUGGGACGGGGUGCUACAUCCAUUGUGUACAGAUGCAAACAGAAGGGGACCCAGAAGCCUUAUGCUCUCAAAGUGUUAAAGAAAACAGUGGACAAAAAAAUCGUAAGAACUGAGAUAGGAGUUCUUCUUCGCCUCUCACAUCCAAACAUCAUAAAACUUAAAGAGAUAUUUGAAACCCCUACAGAAAUCAGCCUGGUCCUAGAACUCGUCACAGGAGGAGAGCUGUUUGAUAGGAUCGUGGAAAAGGGGUAUUACAGUGAACGAGAUGCUGCAGAUGCUGUUAAACAAAUCCUGGAGGCUGUUGCUUACCUACAUGAAAAUGGGAUUGUCCACCGUGAUCUCAAACCAGAGAAUCUUCUCUAUGCAACUCCAGCCCCUGAUGCACCACUCAAAAUUGCUGAUUUUGGACUCUCUAAAAUUGUGGAACAUCAAGUGCUCAUGAAGACAGUAUGUGGAACCCCAGGGUAUUGCGCACCUGAGAUUCUUCGAGGUUGCGCCUAUGGACCAGAGGUAGACAUGUGGUCUGUAGGAAUAAUCACCUACAUCUUACUUUGUGGAUUUGAACCGUUCUAUGAUGAAAGAGGUGAUCAGUUCAUGUUCAGAAGAAUUCUGAAUUGUGAAUAUUACUUUAUCUCCCCCUGGUGGGAUGAAGUAUCUCUAAAUGCCAAGGACUUGGUCAAAAAAUUAAUUGUUUUGGAUCCUAAGAAACGGCUGACUACCUUCCAAGCUCUCCAACACCCAUGGGUCACAGGUAAAGCAGCCAAUUUUGUGCACAUGGAUACUGCUCAAAAGAAGCUCCAAGAAUUCAAUGCCCGGCGCAAGCUUAAGGCAGCAGUAAAGGCCGUGGUGGCCUCCUCCCGGUUGGGAAGUGCCAGCAGUAGCCAUGGCAACAUCCAGGAGAGCCAGAAGGCCAACCGAGAGCCACCUCCAAUCCAAGAUGGCAAUGAAGAUGUUAAAGCUGUCCCAGAAGGAAAGAAAGUCCAAGGAGAUGAGGCCCAAAUGGCAGUUGAGAGGGCAGAGGCUGAGCUGAUGAAGGUGCAGGCUGUACAGGAAGUUAAAGCUGCUGCUGAGGCCACCAAGAUGGUGCCCGAGACACUAGCGGACAGGAUAAAGGUGGCUGACCCGGAAAAGGAGCAGGGCUCAGCAGAGGAGAAGCUGAAGACUGUGGAGGAAGCAGCAGCCCCCAAAGAAGGGCAAGGAAACCCUGCUCUGGGGUUUGGAGCUCAGCAGAAUGAUGUGAUCCUGCCAGAGUACUAAACUGGCUAACUUCCAUUCUGGAAGCCAAAUCCUGGCACUUUGUGCAUUUUGUCCUUCAGCAAGGAAGGUGUGGAAGCAUGAUAUGCACUAUAGUGAUUCUGUUUUUGAGGUACAAAAAAAACAAAAAACAAAAAAAACCAUAUAUAUCAGUUGGUAAUCCUAACUUCAAUGCAUGUGACUGCUUUAUGAAAAAAUAGUAUCUUCUAUGGUAUGUAAUGGAUACCUAAUACCAAUGAGUUAAAUUUGAAAUUGCAAGUAAACACAAAAUAACAUUUAAAUACAUGCAUUUUCAGGGACCAGUAGCACACAUUUGAAGUAAAUAGUAACAAAUUGUUUUUGCUUUGAAAACCUAGCCAUCCUAUACCCUUUGGAUUUCUUCACAAGGCAUUCUUUUGGACUAUUGCUCAGCUAGUAAGUACUAGGUAGCACUGCAAAAUGUGUUCCUAUGAAGUUCACAUUUUACUUUUCAUCAAUGUGUUCAAAUUGUUUACAAGGAGAUGGUCAUAGAUUAUAGCUGUAUGGUAUGUGCAAAAAAUUCCACAAUGGUAAGAAAUUGAAGCAUAAUUGAAGGGCCACAAAACCAUAUACCCCAAAGCUUGUGUGGAGAACGCUUUUUUAUUUUGCCCUUAUUUAUACACACUGUAUUACUAAUACCAAAAAUGUUUUAUCAUAAAAUUCUGCCAUUUUGCAAUCCUGGAGAAAGUAUUUUACAAACUCACACUGAGGAAUGCAUUCUUUCCUUCACUUGCUCUCUAAUGCAAUGUCCUGAUGGACAACACUUAGGAAGGAAUAAAGGAAUUUAGGGAAGAAAAGGAAAUAACACUGGGACUUAGAAUAACAAAAUUGACUCCUUGUCAUUUUUUUAGAUAAAAUUGGAUUUAUUCAUGAGUUUGUACAACUUUAAAGAACUUUUUUUAUAUAUAUAUAAAUUCUAUAAAUACCAAGUUUCAAAUAUUUAGAAAAAUCCCACCCCGCAGGCUGGUGCCAAAAUGUCUGAAUAGAGUGGGACUAGUAUUUCAUUAUAAGAUCAUUAUUAACUUUACUAGAGUAAGGUCACGUUUUUGUUUAUAAAAGUCUCUUUUCCUUCAAUUGAUGGUAAUUUAGAUAAACUGUUUAUGAACUAAAGAUAUUUCUGAAAAGCUGGAAUAUCUUUUUCUAUCUUUUUCUCACACUUGGAAUGGAAGUGCCCACAAUUUACAAUGUAGUUUUGAAAGUUUCCAUGUGAAGAAAUUUAGGACAGUGCAACUUUUUAUUUACCUUAAAAAACAGAACAAAGCAAAGAAAAAACUCAGAUUUCAAAUCAGACUCUUGAGAAGCUGUAACAUUAGACCUAAUACUUUACUGUGAUUUUUUUCAAAAUAUAUUUCUUUGAUUUUCAUAUGAACACUUUUCCCUUAUAGAAAUCACAUUUAAAUUCCAAGUACCUCAGUUUUAUUUCUAGUUUGAAUUGAAAUGAACAUUUUAUGAAAUUAAGUAUGCAUCACAUUUUUACUAUAUUUCCUUAAUUUCAAAAAAAACCUAUUUUCAAAGAACUAAAUGAUAGACAAUAAAAAUGACUAUCGCAUAAAAAUCCUCAUCAAAGAAUGAGAUCUUAAAUUCUUUUGACUCUUCUUCAAAACUAUUAAAUCAGAAAAUAAAAUGAAACCUCUGGUUUCUGGCAGCUACUGGACCUUGGUAGACAUUCUGCCUUCCAACUGCAAAUCUUCCUUUACUGCUAUUUUACUGCUAGUCUCCUGAGAAAAACAAGGUAGGACUUUUCAUCUUUCAUAGUUUAGGGGCCUGACAUGGAGGAAAUAGCCCUUAAGGGCACAUCAUUUGGGCUCAGAGGAAGAUUAUUUUUUGUUUAUUUAUUUUCAUUAAUUAGUAAAGAGUACUUAGCCUAUUCUUUCCUAUUCCUUCUUUAUUUUCUCUCAAAAUUCCCGUUUUAACUAUUAUAAAGGGCUCACUACUUUUAACCUUUAAAAAUGCCUUUAUUACUAAGCAUUAAAAUUUCCAUUUAAAAAAGAUCAAUUGCCUGGUGUCCUUUUCCCAAUGAGACUUAGAGAGAAAGAGAUCUUAUUAGAGUGUGGCAGUUUGUUGGAAGAGCAGCAUAUACCGUCCCUAUCAGCCUAUGCCCAUAUUGCUCCAAGGGCAGUCGUUACAUCAUUCCAAUACUCCGAGCUGACUUCAGUGGCUGGCCCUGUGGACAAUGGGAACAACAUUGGAAAUUCCAGGGCCGAUGUGUGUUUCAGAAUUUGACCCAUUUAAAUGAGUACACAUGUCUAUUCCUUGGUGAGUACUCCAGGGUGUGAGGGUAAUUUCCUCUAUUUGUUUUUAAACUUGUAAAUUGCACUGUUUAAAAAUCAAUGGAAGUUUUAAAUUUUGACUUGUAUGUUAAAGAUUAAGUCCUGAUAUUGCCUAAAUAGUGACUAAUUUAGUCAUUUCAGUGGAAAACUAGUCCAACGUUCACAAAAAUUGGUCAUUUCAGCCAAGAGAGUCAAUCUAAGAUUUCAUAGAAAUGCAACCUAAGUUAGGAUAAUUGGGUUACCAUUUUGAAAGAAUAGCAAACAUUUAUACUGCUUGUUAAAAAGGGAUAUAUUAUCUCUCUCAAAGAUUAUUUAGCUAAAUAAUGGCAGAUAGAGUUUUAAUUUGACAAGCUGCUUCAUAAUGUUACCCAUAAUAUAGUCAAAUUAUAUACGAGGUAAAAGAAUUAAGGGAAUUUCAGCAAAGCACAAUAAAUUACAUUUUACAUUUUAGAUUUGAUAGCUAUCAUAUUACAUUAUUGAUUUUUGUUUUCAGAUAAAUUCAGAUGCAUAGCAUAACUAUUUUACCAUGAAGAAGGACAAGCUUCAUAUUCCCCAUUUAAAAAGUCUAAUUGGGGACUGGCCGAGUGGCUCAGUUGGUUAAGAGCUCGUCGCCAGUUCCAUUCACGGUCUGAGCUGAGCUGCCGCUGAGCUGCCAACAGGUGGCAGGAUGGCUCAGCUACAAAAAAAAAAAAAAUGCUAAUUGGAAUCCCAGUGAUUUUUCUCAAACUGUAAAAGCUAAUUUGUCCCAUGAAUCCAUAAAUAAGCUAGAAAUUAGAAUAAUAUGGUUGUAGAAGCUAUCAGCUAAAACAAGUGCAUUCUAAUAUAAAUAUGAUGCAAGCCACAUACAUAAUUUUAAAUUUUCUCUUAGCCACAUUUUAAAAAGUAAAAACUAAAACAAAACAAUAGGUGAAAUUAACUGUAUAUUUUAAUCCAAUGUAUCCAAACUAUUAUUCCAACAUGUAAUCAAUAUGAAAAAUUAAUGAGAUAUUUUAAAUUUUAUUUUUAUACUAAGUUUUCAAAAUCAGGAGUCUAUGUUACACCUGUAAUCAAUCAAGUGCUCAAUAGCCACACGCAUGGAAACAACACUGUUCUGGAGCAUAUAUUAAGAAAAAUGACACAUGAAUUUCUAGCUUAGAUGACAGCUGCCUCAGUUUCCCACACUGAGGAGUUGGUAGGAGGCCAAAAAGAAAAUGUUUCAGAAACAUACAUUGAAAUAAAUAAAAAUGCUAUUGGCACCUUCUGCUGAGUCACGUGCUUCAGAGGAGUGUUUCCCAACAUGAUUUUUAGAGAACAGUGCUUUCCUGGGUAUUGCUAAACUGUCUGUUGGCCAUGGCAUCUCUCCCUCUUGGGCCCUGGAAUCUUGAUUGCAGGCUGGGGUUUCCUGAGUACUGCCAUGAAGCCAAUAGUAUUUUUCUGUACCCAAAUGUACUGUGGGUGAACUACGUGUCCCCAUUGAGAAAAGACUGCACAUGAUUUUCAUAAGAUUUUGUAGACCUGGGCGAGGCUGGACACCAUCCUUGUGUUGCAAGCAUGGGUCUUUCUAGAAAGCUAAAUGAUAGCAAAUUUGCGUGAUAAAGCUUAUAUGAUGAGGACGAUGACCCCCCCCAAAUGUGAAUAUGACCAUCGGCUGGCAUUUUUUAGAUUUCCUUAGGAAAGUUUAAUGAACACUGCCCUUACACAUGGAUUCAACAGACUUUUGGAAUUUUCUUACAUUACUACUAUUUUCAAAUAAUCCUCAAGGUUCUAUAGCCAUUUUUAGUGGCAGACUUAAAAAGCAAGAACAGUUUGCCUUUUACUGUGACCUCAAUAACAUAGCAUUUUAAACAUAUUUUGUAAUUUAGAAUGUCUAGCAAUCCCUAUUUCCAGUUUCACAUGCAAGGUAACUGUUGGUGGGUUGCCUACGCACUGAAGAUUUAAAGAGAGCCAUUUUGUUUCAUAAUCUAGUUUUUAUCUCACAGGAGCAUCUGGUUGCAUUUCAAAUUGGGGGAAAAAAGUAAAUGCCAGAAAA